UCCCCCACUUCCCGUUUGUUGUUCAGCAAAAAUGGCGUCAGCGUCUAUCUAACAGAUUGCGUUUGGCCGGAAAAAUGCAAUAUGUCUCUGGAUAUAGUCAAAGCUAGUAAACAUGCAUCCGUGGACGAAAAGAAGACGAAUUAGUUAGCUAUAGAAAGGAAGCAGUCAGUAGAACAGUUUGAUAUUUGUAUGUGUUCGGCGUGUUUACCUCGAUCGGCCUAAAAUUAUUCAGCGAAGGGAGGGGUAGGUAAUUGACUACAAGUCCCAUCAGCGCGGACACGGUUGUCUCAAGUGGUUAACCCCGGUUUGGUGCAUGCCAGUAGAUGUAGUUUUAUGCCACUCCCAGUGCCCUGGCCUCAUUGAACACCGGAGGAAGCGAAAUAUUUUAAAAGGUCUCCCUGCAGUGCCCCGAUACCCCGGUCUGUGAGUGGGCUGGAGCGGAGGAGGGAACGCCGUGACGAUGUUUGCAGUGCAUGGCAGCGGACAGCAAGCCAAGCGGCCGGCGGCCGGGAGAGAGGCGUCCCCCUCUGGCCCAGAGGCCUCGCUGAGCUGGUGUCUGACGCAGCUCUCUCGUGCAGCGAGGGCCCAAGCAGACUGCGGGGGUGAGGAGGACGAGGAGGCGAGCCGGAGGGCUCACGCGGGACUGUGGCGGGCGCUGGUGGCCAUCCGUACUCGGCACAUCAAAGGGGGCAGCGCGGCAAUCGCGCGGUAUCGUGCUCGCGGGGGCCUGGGGCCCCUCCUCCAGGUGCUCCGGGCCCCCGGCUGCCACCGCAAGACCCAGGACCUGCUGCUCAGCACCCUGGCCAACUGCUGCACCGAGAGGGAGAGCCGGGAGGAGGUACGGAAACUGGGAGGAAUUGGCCUCGUGGUGGCGGUGCUGAACAAUGUUCCUGUUGAGACUGUACAAAACCGUGCAGCCCGGGCCCUUGGGAACUUGGCCAUUGACCCAGAGAACUCUGCCCUCAUCCACUCAGCCGGUGGUGUAGCUCCUCUCAUCCUCUGUCUUUCCCCUCCCCCCUCCUCCUCCUCCUCCUCCUCCUCCUCCCCUCCCCCCACAUCCUCCUCCACCACUCCUCCCUCCACCCCCAUAGCUCCUCCCUCCCCCAGGCUGGAGUGUGCCCAAUCGGCUGCCCGCACCCUGCUGUACCUGUCCGACACGCCGUGUCACCGGCUGUCCUUGCUGUCGCAGGGUGCGCUCCCUGCCCUGGCCCUGCUGACGGGGCCCCAGUACCCCAGCGGGCUGCGGCGGGCCUGUCUGCGGGCCCUGGGCGAGCUCACCCGGGGCUGCAGCACUGAGUGCGCCCGGGAGGUGUCCCGCUGUGGGGCCCUGGCGGCAUUGGGGCCCCAGGCCCUGGACCAGAGUGCCCGGCCCCUGGGGGAGAUGGCGCUGAAGACCCUGGCCAACCUGUGCACCCAGGCCUGCCUGCGGCCACUUGUGGGCUCCCUUGGCGUCAUCCACAGAUUCGUAGAAGAGGUGAGGAGAUCUCCGGGGAAGUCAGGGACGUUCUUCAGAGCGCUCUGCCUGUGCUGCAAGGAGGCGGUCAACCGGGCCAAAGUCAAGGAGAGUGGCGGCCUAGAGGUCCUGAUUGGCUUCCUCUCCGCCAAUCAGAGCCACCCUCUGUCCCGAAUGGCCGUCUUGGCCUUCGUCGACUUUGUUUACGAUGAACUGGCCAUGGAGCAGCUCCAAGGGCUUGGGCUGGUGCCGCUGCUGGUCUCCAGAUUGGUCGCUUUGGCUAAAGGGGAGGAGACAGCUGUGGGAGAGGUGGACACACCCCUUCUGUCCUGCCCGUCAGAGCUGAUGGACACGUCUUGCUUCGACUCCUUUGACUUCCCCCCUCCUGAGGGGCACAGAAGAGAGGAGGGGAAGGAGCAGGCCCAGGGGUCCUCCAGCUUUCUCAGUUUGAGGUCCUGGCUGCUGUCAGAGGGGCUGAUUUCCUCUGAGGGGGAGCUGCUGUCUCCUUCAGGAGGAGGGGAUGGAAACUGGAGAAGCCUGUGCGCCUCCUUCUCUCCUCCUGCUCCCCUCUCUGACGGGCUGUCCCCUCUCCCGUGUCCCUCUCCCAGCCUGGCUGUCCCACUGCAGUCAUCCACCCCUAACCUCACCCUGAACCCCAACCCCGUCCUCCCGUCUUCGUACCACAAACGAUCUGCCUCCACCCCUAUCCCCCUUCCCCCCUCAGCCCCCAAGCCUGUCUCCUCUCCCCCCUCCCAGCCUUCCCCCUCUCCCAAAAAACAGGCCCAAACCCGCUCCGGCGCCCCCCUUCCCGAAACCCCUCCCUUUUCCCAGCACCCCUUCCACCCCGAGCCCUGGACGAGCGAGUCCCCGAUCCUGCUCCUGCUGUCUCGCUUCUCACAGUGCGAGGACCCCAGUGCCGCGCUCAUCCACGCAGGCAUUCUCCCCGGCCUGCUGUAUUACCUCACGCAGCGCCAGGACCCCAGCGCUAGGUGCUUCCGCAUGCUGGUCCGCCUGAGCUGCAACCCCAACUGCCUGCAGGGUCUGGUGAAGACUGGGGCAGCGGCCCUCAUUCGGCUCCGCCUCUGUCUCAGAGAGGGCCUGAGGGACAGGGAUGGACAGACAGACAGAGUUAAGGCCAGCACACGCCAGCUGGGAAAGACUCUGCUCAGUAACCUGCGGGUACAGUGCGAGUCCAACUUCGGCUCCGGAGUCCUGAGCCACAUCAUGCUGUCUGGUUCUGAUGUGGACAGACUGUAUUGCACGCUCAGCUUGCCUCUUAUAACUGGUAACAAACUCCUGCAGAAGAAACUGCUCCUGGACAGCGGGGCCCUACAGUCUGCUUUGGAACACAUUGGUUGUCAUGACGACAGUAAGGACCACACCCUUGGAUUCUGGAAGUCACUUGCCAGUUGGCUGCACCCUCCUCAGCCGACCACUCCUGGAUGUCUGCAUUCUCUGUAUUUCUCCCUCCUCACAGAAUGUCUGUCCUGCUUGAUAGGACAGCCCAAAUUGGAACCGGACAAACAAAGCACCUGGUUGAGCUCUGGGACAAGCAUGGGCAUGUUACCAAAUAAUGAUAACAUCCCGUUAAUCUCAGAAAGUCACUUGCCCCCACCAUUUAAAAAGCCUUGUCUGAUUGACCGUUGCCCCUACCUUGACUCGGACUUUGACGUCAUCUUCCUGCUGGACGAUGGCAGUCAGUUUGCAGCCAGUGAGGACGCUGUUGCCCAGGGAGAUGGAUCAGUAAGGGUUGGGUCAGAGUAUUUCCGGGCCUUGCUCAAGGGCGGGUUUGGGGAGGCACAGAGGAGGAGUGGGGAGGGGAUUCCUAUAAGGGAUGUAACAGCCAAAAUGUUGUUGCCUGUCUUACACUACCUGCAUGGGUGUUGUGUGUCUCCCAGAGGGGGCAGAUUGGACAAGAGGACAGAUGAAGUUGGACAGUGUCGGAAGGAGUCUGGUGGACAUUGUGUGGUUUUGGAAUCACUUGCACUGGGGGGGCUGGGGAAGAGGAGUGAGGGGGAGAUGUGCUCGGGAGAGGGGGAGGGGUUUCAGAACACCCCGUUGGCUGGAGCGAUGGCGGGGGCCAGUAGGUUUCUGGUGUCUGGGCUGCAGGAAGAGCUGGAGGCCUUGUGUACAUCCCUGCUCCAGUCCCUCAGCGCUCCGCGGCCCGUUCCCGAAAUGCGUCAGGCUUCAGAGGACACCGAGAGGCGCCCCGUUUCUAAAGCACACUGUCAGCUCCAAGCAAACAAAACCAACUGUGCUGGCAACAGUGGGCUGGAACCAACCUGUGGGAGAGGGAAUGGGAAAGAUUUGAGCUCAGAAUCAGGUGCUGACUUUGAGGUGCUGGUAGAACCCAGGAAGCAAGCUGUAGGCUCGGGGGCACAGCAAGGUGGUUCAGAGCAGAGCGGGAGCGAGCUUUUCAGUGGAAAAGAGUCCGAUGUGGGAACAAGACAAAAACCAAAAACUCAGUGCAUCUUAAAUUUGGCAUGUCAGGCACAGCUUAGUGUCGGAACUGCCUUUAAGACCAGUGAUCUCCCACUCGACAGUAGAAUAGCAUGGGGAUCUGGAACAAGAUUAAAUUCAGAAUCUGCAAACUUUUUGCUAAACCAUGCAAGCUCAGGGUCUCCCACAAAGUUAAACGGCCCGCUUGAUCAGGAGGAUGAGGGUGUGGUAGUCACUGCAUCAUCAGGCAACUCUGAACUGCAACAUGAAACUCCUUCCAUGGAGAGUGGUACAGGGUUAGCCAGCAAUGAGGAUGCUAGGCCUAGGAUGGGUUCAGGAGAAAGCUCACAUGCCAAUCCAGGUACAGGAUCCCCAACCCAGCCAGUCAGUAUGAGAAAAAACAAAUUAAACUCUGGGUCUAGAUCAAAUUCCGAGUCAGUCAAUGUGUCAGGAAUGAAGUCCGACUCACAGUGGUUAACAGAUCCAGUUCCAGAUUUCAAGCCUCACUAUGGCAUUAGUCAGGACUCAAAACCAGGUUCAAGGCGAACAUCUGCACUAGACCGUGAAACCGAGAAACCUUCUAGGGCUACGUCCAAGUCCUGCUGGAUGUUGGAUCGUCGCCCUGGCGUGAAAUUAGGCUCCGCCCUUCAGAAAGAUGGUGCUUCUGAUUUGGAGACAGAUUCUCAUAGUCCAGAUCCUACACCAGAACCAGACAGCACAUCUUCUACAAGAUCAGACCAGGUCUCUGGAUCACAGUUUCAGGAGAACUUGAAAGCAUCCUCUCUGUCAGACAUUAAAUUAGCCAAACCCUCAGGACCCAAAUUAGAUUUGAGCUCAAGGCUUGAAAGCACACCAGACACAGAACUUUGCUCCCCUGAAGCCCCAAGUUUGGCACCCAGUCUUCUGUCUGAUGUGGAUUGUGAGAAACAAUCGCUCUUGGUCAACCUGCCAGAACUUUACCACUUUUCACAGCUCCAUAACUACCCCCGAUUGCGUCAGAUGUCCCUCUCUGUGUUGCUGUGGCGACAGAGAACCUCCCCCCAGCUGCCCCCCUCCCUGGCUGCAGAUUGUAUGUUUAAACUGGCUAGAGGGUCGCACUGCAUCAAAACCCUAAAACAAGACCUCCUACUUCUGGUAACUGGGGUGCUAAGCUAAGGCCACAACAGAAGGGGAUGUGUUUUUCCACUGGUUAACAUGUGAGUUGUAAGUAGUGUCAUCGUAUGUAGAUUAUAUACAGAUGUGAUCAUAUCUACAUGCCUAUAUCCUUUCUUUGCAAGGGGCCAACUAUUAAGAGGCAUUAAGCUGGUAGUGGGAUUGGGGAAUAGGCAGCAAGACUGUACCGAAGAGGCAGCAGUGCUGAAGAGGCAGCAGUGUGCUUGUGGGUUAGGGCUCCACAAUAUAUCAAAUCACUGUAUUUUUAAGUGUAAUAAUAACUGCUACCAUAUAUGUGAUCAUGUGAUUUGUUUGUUUCUUCUGUCACAUGGAAGCAGCAAUGCCUUGCGGCUGAUUGGCUGUCUUAUCGGCACCCACUUGAUCUCAGUGAUGUUUUUUCUGGGAGCAUAUCACAUAACCUCUUGUGUUUGAAUUACUACCGCAUCUAGUAUGAGUCUAAAGAUGCCCUUUAUGCCACAUGAUACCAGUUAUUGUUAUUACCUUCUCAAUACAUUUAGUGCUUACAGGGCUCCAUGUGCAUAGUGCAUACAGGGACUCCAUGUGGGUAGUGCUUAUGGGGACUCCAUGUGGGUAGUGCUUAUGGGGACUCCAUGUGGGUAGUGCUUACAGGGACUCCAUGUGGGUUGUGCAUACAGGGACUCCAUGUGGGUUGUGCAUACAGGGACUCCAUGCGGGUAGUGCUUAUGGGGACUCCAUGUAGGUAGUGCUUAUGGGGACUCCAGGUGGGUAGUGCUUACAGGGCUCCAUGUGCGUAGUGCAUACAGGGACUCCAUGUGCGUAGUGCAUACAGGGACUCCAUGCGGGUAGUGCUUACAGGGACUCCAUGUGGGUUGUGCAUACAGGGACUCCAUGUGGGUAGUGCUUACAGGGCUCCAUGUGCGUAGUGCAUACAGGGACUCCAUGUGCGUAGUGCAUACAGGGACUCCAUGCGGGUAGUGCUUACAGGGACUCCAUGUGGGUUGUGCAUACAGGGACUCCAUGUGGGUAGUGCUUACAGGGCUCCAUGUGCGUAGUGCAUACAGGGACUCCAUGUGGGUAGUGCUUACGGGGACCAGGAGUACUCCAUGUGCCACCAGAAGGGGCUCAGUCAGUGUGCCCUGGAGCUUGGUAACGUGCUUCAUUAGUGGGCCUGAUGAAGAGAGCGCUUUGGGGACAUGGGAAUCAUGCAGUGCAGCACUUACUAGUCAUGCAUAUUUGUUUAUAAAAACAUUAUUGAAAUCAAGUGUUAAUAACACGGAUAGAAUAAUAUGAUUUUUUUAUUUCGUUUAUUUUGUUCAGUAAAGUCCCUGAUUCAUUAUUUGAAUGAUACACACAACCACUUCUGGGCCAAAUGCUCUUGUUCAAAUGACAAUACCGACUGUUCUAAACAGAGAGAAAAUGGGCAUUGAAAAAUAUAUUGUUUCCCAUUGUCAGUUUAUUCUCUCAAUAAAUAUCUACAGACCA